CCUAUAUAUAUAUAUAUAUAUAUAUAUGCUACGUCUGUCACCACAAAAAACACAGUAAACAAAAUCAUUCCAUCAUGGCUACAUCUUUGAGCACACCAAAACUCAGCACAACUCUAUCUUCUCCAACUUUCCAUUCUCUUUACAAAACCAAAUUGUCUAAUUUUUCUCUCUCUAAGCCUCUCCUGUACAAUUGUGUGAUCAAUCCUCGUAGCCGGGCAUCAUCAUUAUGUUAUGGCCGCCGUUUUGCCAUUACUCGUGCUGAGACCUCUUUCACCAAUGGUGCUGAACCUCCGAGGCAAUAUGAUUUUGACUUGUUUACUAUAGGUGCGGGUAGUGGUGGGGUUAGGGCUUCUCGUUUUGCUUCUAAUUUUGGGGCUUCUGUUGCUGUUUGUGAGCUUCCUUUCUCUACUAUUUCUUCUGAUUCUACUGGCGGCGUUGGUGGCACGUGUGUACUUCGGGGAUGUGUACCCAAGAAAUUACUCGUGUAUGCAUCAAAAUAUUCUCAUGAGUUUGAGGAGAGUUGUGGUUUUGGAUGGAACUAUGAGGCGGAACCUAAACAUGAUUGGAACACCCUCAUUGCUAAUAAAAAUGCCGAGUUGCAGCGCCUCAUGGGGAUUUACAAGAAUAUUCUGAAGAAUGCCAAUGUUACUCUGAUUGAAGGGCGAGGAAAGGUUGUGGAUCCUCAUACGGUGGAUGUGGAUGGUAAACUCUACUCGGCUAAGAACAUUCUAAUUUCAGUUGGCGGCCGCCCAUUUAUCCCAAACAUUCCUGGAAGCGAGUAUGCUAUAGAUUCUGAUGCUGCCCUUGAUUUGCCAACGAAGCCUAACAAAAUUGCCAUUGUUGGAGGCGGUUAUAUUGCACUUGAAUUUGCUGGAAUCUUCAAUGGCUUAACAAGUGAGGUCCAUGUUUUUAUACGACAAAAGAAGGUUUUGAGAGGCUUUGAUGAAGAAAUUAGGGAUUUUGUUGGUGAACAGAUGUCAUUGAGAGGAAUUGAGUUCCAUACUGAGGAGUCGCCUCAGGCCAUAGUCAAGUCAGCAGAUGGCUCAUUGUCUUUAAAAACUAACAGAGGAACAGUUGAAGGUUUCUCUCAUAUCAUGUUUGCAACAGGGCGAAGACCAAAUACAAAGAAUUUAGGAUUAGAUACAGUGGGAGUGAAAAUGGCAAGGAAUGGAGCCAUAGAGGUUGACGAGUAUUCUCGUACCUCAGUGCCAUCAAUUUGGGCAGUUGGAGAUGUUACUGAUAGAAUUAAUUUAACUCCAGUUGCUUUGAUGGAGGGAGGAGCAUUGGCAAAAACUAUUUUUGCUGGUGAACCCACAAAACCCGAUUAUAGGAAUGUACCAUGUGCUGUAUUUUCCCAGCCACCUAUUGGGAUAGUUGGUCUGACAGAAGAACAGGCCAUCAAUGAAUAUGGUGACAUUGAUGUUUAUACAACAAAUUUUAGGCCAUUAAAGGCUACUCUUUCUGGUCUUCCAGAUCGGGUUUUCAUGAAAUUAAUUGUAUGUGCAAAAUCAAGCAAAGUUCUGGGCUUGCACAUGUGUGGAGAAGAUGCACCAGAAAUUGUACAGGGAUUUGCGGUUGCAGUCAAAGCAGGGUUAACCAAGGCGGACUUUGAUGCCACUGUGGGUAUUCACCCUACAGCAGCAGAGGAGUUUGUCACCAUGAGAACCCCUACAAGGAAGGUUCGAAGCAGUCCAUCUGAGGGUAAGGCAGAGCACGAUACUAAAGCUGCAACAGGAGUUUGAUGUGCGGCAAUAAAGGCUCAGUUUGUUAAAUGACAUAGAAUACAUGUGAUAAUACAUUUGCAGGCACAAUUUUGAAAGAGGUUUUAGACUGAUGGGGAGCUUAUGGAACAUCAGUGAUGAGCUCAUAAGCAAAAAACUUUCUUGUUACCAAGUCGCUAAUACUUGUCGGGACAAAUGUUAACUUCAGCACUUGAAAAGGGUCUUCAAGGUGGAUGUGAUGAUGAGAUAUGCAUUCAUCCAUUAGCUUGCAUCUUGUCAACAGUAUUAUUUCCUUUGAUCAACGUAGUAGAGGUUAAACAUUCUGUCCAAAUUUUUCUUAGGGAAGUCCAGAGGGCUUGGUUGCUAAUAUGUCGAUGAUGUUUUUCUUCAUUAUUGUACUUUUCUGCUGGGGUUUGAGGGCACAUGUCGGCGGUGUAGUUAUAACAUUGCUUAUUAGAUAUAGUUUGUGUAACUGUAAAACUUUAAUAAUAUUCAGCUGUUAAGCAGAUUGCUCAAUGGCUUUUGUAUACCAGAAAUAUUAAAGAAAUGUUGUCAGUC